AUGAAAUCCCUCGCGGUCGGUCUCAUUGCUCUGGCUUUGGCCAUUCCUGCUCUCACUCAAGAUAUCACGAGCCUGCCGCAAUGCGCUCAACAACCAAUUCUAGAAGCUAUCAGCGCGUCUGGUUGCCCUCUUACCGAUAUCGCGUGCAUCUGUGACAAUGACAACUUCAUCAAUGGUUUGGUGCAGUUGAUUCCAACACUUUGCAACCCUGACGAAGUAGCCGUGACCAGCGAGUUCGCGGUCACGCUCUGCAGCGCCUACGGGGUGCAGCUGGAUCUGCCUACAUCGGCCACGGAGGGGCUCGCCUCGUCGACUGCUGUCUCAACUUCCCCAGCCCCAUCGGCCACAACAACCACCACCACCAGCGCCACAGCUGCUACGAGUACAGAGUUUACAAGCUCUGAACCGAUUACGACUGUAGAACCGACCAUGACCAGCGAAACAGCCCCUCCUAGCAUGGAAAGCACCGAGACGACUUCUUUCACUGAGACCACUGCUUCAACAGAGGUCCCAAGCUCUACCGACGCCACCGAGACCACCGAGGCGAGUGCAAGCGAAUCCGGUGCUCCCGCUCAGCAGACAGACAACUCAGCCAUGGCUAACACAGUCGGCGUGUCGAAUUUGUUUGGCGUAGUAGCUGUUUGCAUGUUUGCCGCAAUGUAA